AUGACUGAAAUCGAUAAUAAAAGAAUGCUUACUUCUCGCAGAGCCGGUAUAAAAGGUUCAAUCACAAGAUUCGAUAAAUAUCUGAAGAAAAUAUCCACUAAUCCAUUGACUCAAGAAUCAACAUUUGAUUUAGAAACUCGCUUGAAUGCUAUUACAUCGCUUUUAUCCGAAUUCAAUAUAAUACAAACAGAAAUUGAGUGCCUAGAGCCCGACGAUGUAGACGUACAUGAUUUAGAACGGGAUGAAUUCGAAACAAAAUAUUUUUCCGUUGUUUCUCAAGCUAAAAUGAAAUUGUCUAAGCCCGUAACAUCGACCGCCAGUGUCGUAUCAAAUCAUCCAAUGACAAAUGUAAAGCUACCUGACAUUAAAUUGAUCGAAUUUAACGGUAGUUAUGACAAGUGGACUCAAUUUCAAGAAACCUUUGAUGCAUUAAUCAAUCAAAAUAAAAUGCUCACCGAUAUUCAAAGGUUUUUCUAUCUACAAAGUUCUCUCAAGGGUGAAGCUGCUCAAAUAAUUGCUUCAUUGAAUGCUACCGAGGCCAACUACAAAAUCGCUUGGGACUUACUUCGGGAACGCUAUCAAAAUAGGAAAGCUAUUAUUAAUUCGCACAUGAAGGCAAUUUUUGAUUUACCGAAUAUUCCUAGAGAAUCACACUCGCUCUUGAGAAAAUUCUUAGAUGAAUUCCAGAAACAUUUUAGAUCCUUGAAAAGCUUAGGUGAAAAUGUUGAUGAAUGGCAUACCAUAUUAAUAUUUCUACUCAACUCCAAAUUAGAUUCGUCAACCAGAAAGGAAUGGGAAAUCUUCAUUAAUGACAAUAAUACCCCAAAUAUUGAAAAUUUCUUAUCAUUUCUCGCUCAACGCUGUUCUCUCUUAGAAUCUUUGGACACCAAAGCCUAUACAUCUGACCCAAAUAAUAUAUCAAACAAGAAAUCUAGAGAAAUUCGUUCUUACUCUCAUCUAUCUACCAAAAUUAAUCUAUGCCCAUUAUGCAAUCAAUCUCAUUUUAUUUAUUCAUGUAAAGAAUUUCUAGAUAUUCCUAUAGAAAAAAGAUUCGCUGAGAUUAAACGUCAUAGGUUGUGCUCGAAUUGUUUAAGACCUGGACAUUCAAAUUAUUCCUGCCGAUCAAAAUAUUCCUGUCGGUUUUGCCGGAAAAAACAUCACACUCUACUUCAUGAUAACUCGAAUGAUACCAGCAAAACUCGAAUCCAUAAUCAACCAUCCAGCAAUCAGUCUCAUACUCAUCAAGAGUCUAAUUUGAACACGGAGAAUAUUUCCGAAAAUUUGCAUACUCAUUCAGUGGCAUCUCAAGUAAGUCACUGUACUUACACAAUUCUCUCCACUGCAAUUCUCAAUAUUUUAGACAGAGACGGAAAAACAAUCAAAUGCCGAGCUUUACUCGACAGUGGCUCGCAAUCGAACUUUAUUACCAAAAAAUUAUUCGAUAAGCUGAAUCUAGGCUAUACCUCUGUAAAUAUACCGAUUUCCGGUUUGAGUCAAAAUCUCAUAAACAUUUCCAAACGAGCCACAAUCCAAACCCAAUCUAUAUGUAACAAUUACACUUUCAAAUUGCCUUAUCUCGUAAUUGAUAAAAUCACCGGCCUUACACCUCAACAGAAAAUACCUCUAAGCCAUUUCAAAUUUCCAGGCAAUAUCUGUCUUGCCGACCCAACAUUUCAUAUACCUUCUGAUAUUGACAUGCUCCUAGGUGCUGGCAUAUUCUUUGAUCUACUUUCUUGUGGACAAAUCAAAUUGGGUAAAGGGCUACCCAUACUUCAGGAAACAAAGCUAGGCUGGAUAAUAUCCGGACCUUUGUCCAUCCUUCCACCUGCUUCCACGAACUCUUCUUUUCUAUCUACUUCAAAGGAUAUACAGUUUCAAGAUUUUUGGCAGAUCGAGGAAAACUCUGCAGGUCAACAAUUCAGUACCAAAGAAGAAGCUAAGUGUGAAUCUCAUUUCUCUGAAACCUUCACAAGAGACAAUACCGGAAGAUUCACAGUUAGUUUACAUUCAAAAGAAAAUAAUGUCAAAUUAAGUGACCCUGCAGAAACAGCAAUUAACAGAUUCCACGCGAUUGAAAGAAAACUCGAUAAAAACCCACUCAAAGCCCAAUAUUCCGAAUACAUCGCUGAAUAUCAAAAUCAAGGUCUAUCUAACACCAACAACUGGAAUCAUGUACCUUCAAAGGAAAAUCCUGCUGAUAUUAUUUCUAGAGGGAUCAAUCCUACCGAUCUUGAAGGUGCUGAUUCGUGGUGGCAUGGACCACAUUUUCAAUUCAAUACUUCAGAUAAUUGGCCAAAGGAACGUCACAUUUCGAACUAUUCGCGUACAGCUUCAACACUUGACGAAUAUAAUUAA